GCUUGAUAGAGAAGCCUAAAUAAAAAAAUAAUUAUGAGUGAGAAAGAUGACAGUUCCUGGGUGUUUGACUCGCUGGUGGGAUUUCUGCAGGGUCCGAUCUGGUCGGCACCGUUGUUAACUUUCAUAGAAGAAAAAUCACUGAUUUUCGACGGUGAAACAGAGGACAGCGAGGAGUAUCGCCACAUCUACCAAGAGUAUAAAAACCUGGUUGACCUUCUCCUUGGCUGCUACAUGGAGGACAUGGGCAUAACUCCCGAGCAGUUUGAGCAUGCCUGUACAUUAAACAAGAACACAAAAAUGCCGAUACAGUUUCAGCAGAGUCUCUUUGAGCAGAUCUGGGCUGCAAACGAGUACGAGAUAUUCAAGAGGAUGAUGAUUCAGAAGAAUUUGGAACUCCAGUUACAGGCACUGAGUUUGAUCGAACAGAAGUACGGCCUGACUCCAGCGUCGCUAAUAUGUGAGGAAGACGGUUUGCGGGAUGAACUUGUGAUGGAGGAGUUGCUGCAGAAGCAGUACGAGCUUGAGGAUGAGACGGACACGGAGCUGGAAUCGGACCAGGCAAUGCGUAGGGAGCACCAGCGUUUGGCGACACAGUACAAGACGGAGAGACAACUGCUGGAGCGAGCGCUGAUGGAAGAAUCAUCAGCAAAAUCGUCGUUGGGUUCAUCGCCGGAGCAGGAGCAACGAGAACAAGAAGAAGCAGUCAGCGUUGAGCCUCUUCAGCUGACAAACACAGCUUUAAAAUCCAAGAAGUUUGGCAUUCUGCAACCGAUACCGCAAAAACUGAAAAAACCAGGGGAAGAUAAAACAGGAGAAGAAAUGGAGUUGGUGACAAAAAACAGUGAGAGAAAACAGAGUUUGGAUCCUGCACUGUUGCCAGCAGUGAACCGCAGCGAACUAACCGAUGCUGGUGAAGCGGAGAUAAGGAAGCGUCAAAUAUACCUGAAAACUCAAAGAGACAAGCUGGUCUCGAUGAAGAAGGAGGCUCGUAGUCAGCGGCUGAAGACAAAUGCGGCUCGUCCCGGAUCGGCGCGAGUAGUAGCAGAGGCGUCGAUGAUGGGCAUGCAGGACUUGGAGUCGCCUCAACUCUUGAUGGAAGACUCGAAAAUCCAAGUUCGCAAGGCUCUCGCAGCCAGACUGAAAGCCGAAGUGGUCCGCAAGUGAUCAAAUGAUAUGCUACUGGAAAUAAUGUGAAAAAUUUCUUUUAAAAAGAAUAUUCAACGUACACACAAUUUUCACUCUUUGGCCACUUUGAACGUUUUUUUUCAAAGAAACAUUAAACUACGAUGAUCCAAUAUUUAGAAUAGCAUUAACGAUAUUGAUGAUAAUAAUAGACGUGGUUUAUCGCAAUGUUAAUUAAAAAGAUAUUAGUGGAGAUAUUAUAAAUCUUAUACGAAUGAUAAAUAGAUUUCUAGUUAAACUGACUUUUUUCAAUAAUAU